GAAGACCUGCAGUUGCUAUCUGACGGCCACGCUAGCCACACGCUUUAUUAAAAGUUACCAACUUUAUUAACAGUGAAUUCAUUAACAAAUGUCGUUUAAUAUUCUUUCGUAAUAGUUUUAAUUUGUUAGUGAAGUUAAGUGUUAAAAAAAAGUGAUGCAUAUAUGAGUAAUUGACGAGCAGCGAUGAAGCUCCCUCGUCUGGAUUCCCACCAGGGCUCCCUGAAGGCCAGGGUGGUGGUCCGGCACGAAGACUACUCGGUGGGCCAGACCACUGGAGGCCUCAGCGUGCUCUUUAGCACCCUUUGCAUUGUGGACCUGUUUGGGGUCUUCCCUGUUGUGGCCCUGCCCAAGCCGGUCAUUUCAUGUGGCGUGUAUGGAGCUCCCCUGGUUAUAGGAGUGUUCGGUUUACAGCUGUACACGGCUGUGCUGCUGGGCAGGAGCUGGCUGCUGGCUCAGGAGAUAUCUCCGCUGAUCAAACAGAAGAUCAGGUUUCCGUAUGCGGCGGUGGCGGAGCUGGCGUUCGGGCAGCGCACGCGACAACUUGUCACCUUUCUGCUCGAUGCGACCGUGUUCGGCGCGGGAGUGCCUAAUUUCAUAUUUGCAUCGCAAAGCCUGCAGCUGUUCUGGUGGAAGAUCACCGGCGGCGGUGUGGGCAUCUCCUACUGUGUGUGGAUGUUGGUGUUGGGGCUGCUGCUCUGUCCUGUCAUGUGGCUCGGCUCGCCAAAGGAUAUGAAGCCACUAGCAGUCCUGUCGGUGGUGAUAGUAAUCACAGUAGCAACCAGUUGCUGGAGCUGCAUCCUGCUGGAUGACGUCACGCCCCCCGCUCCCACCAUGAUGGAUUACCAGCCGUCGGCGCAGGACUUCCUCGUAGCCUACGGGAUCAUAGCCUUUCAGUUCGACAUCCACCCAAUGCUAUUGACCAUCCAAGUGGACAUGAAAGACAGCCGGCGCGUGCACUGGGCGGCGCUAGGCGGGUUUUUGUUCACCGGAGCCCUAUUUGCUGUGACCACGCUGCUAGCCGCCGCCCGGUACGGGAACCACGUCGAGAGCAACUUGUUGCAAGGCAUCCCCCCCUCGGUGCCUUUAUACGUGGUAGCUCUGCUGGUAACCCUGCAGCUGUGUCUCUCCAGUGCCGUCGGCAACUCCGCCUUAUUCCAGCAUAUCGAAGAUCUACUUAAAAUACCUAGAGAAUUUUGCCUGCAACGCUGCCUCGUCAGGUCGAGCAUUGUCGCGUUGGCUGUAUUUCUCGGUGAAUCCGUGCCGAGAUUCGACUUAGUCAUGGGUCUAGUAGGGUCCACAUUGACCGGACCUCUAAUGUUCAUAUUCCCCCCUCUAUUUUUCCUCCGUCUUUGCUACAUGAAAUCCAACAUGAUAAAACAUAACCUCAAAAUAGAAAAUGGCGCGAAUGGUAUUCAAAAUGGCCACCGUAACGGCGACAGUUCUCCUCUAAAUUGGCGUUCUGUAAGGAAUACUUAUAGUACUUUUUCCAAUGAUUUCAUUGAUAAUUAUGUGGAGAAAGGUCCGAUUGAUCAGUAUAGUAUUAAGUGGUACGAUGUUAUGUUGGCUGUUAUAGUAAUGUUGAUGGGGGUGGCUGCGACAAUAGUGGCUACAUAUUCGAGUUGGUCGGACACUAUAACGUCUGCUACAUUCACGCCGCCGUGUUUGAGCAACAUGACAGCGGCGGCGCGCAGUUUUCUUGAAGUUACUAGACCCAUGUGAUAUUAAUUUACCUAUAGAUAGAUAUAAUAGUGAAAAAAUGUGUUGAUUUUUUCGAUAUAAUUUGACUACGAGUGCUGUACAGUCAAAAGCAAAUAGUGACAGUCAAAGUAUACAUAUAGUUAGCAACAUCCAGAAUGUCCAAUAAUUAGGGACGUCCAAGGUGGCCGUAUAGAUAGUAACACUCUCAUCAUCAUCAAUUUAAGAGCCACGCUCUUGUCGGUGUAGCAUUUUCCAUUCCAGUCUAUCAAAGGCCAAUUCCUUGACUUCCCUAUAAGACACGACGUUAACCUCAAAAAUUCAUUAAAAACAUCAUAGAAGGAAAGCUAGAAGGAAAGAGAGGAAGGGGAAGACUAAGAAGAGCUUACAUGGAACAGAUUAAAGUAACACUCUAAGUGACCAAAAACAUCGGCACAGUCUGCACGUUCACAAAGUUGGCAACAACCUAAUCGUCCACAUAUUUUUGAACAUCUUGACUUCCUGGAUACGAUUGGCGCAGUGAGUGUUGUCAUAUUUACGCCGACAUAAUUUAGCCGAACUAUUUGGCAUUGUAAGCGUCUCGCGAAUCUGGACGAUUAGAUUGUUGCUAACUUUUUGAACACGCAGGUUGUGCCGAUGUAUUUGGUCACUUAGUGUUACUAUCUAUACGGCCACUUUGGACGCCCCUAAUUAUUGGACAUUUUGUAUGUUGCUAACUACAUGUAUAAUUGUAUACUGUGACUGUCACUAUUUGCUUCUGACUGCACCACGAAAGCAUGGCUUCAUAGCUGCUGUACCGUGGCUGUACCUAUAACACUCGCUAUCAGACUUACUUAAUAAAUUAUAAUAGUAGUAAUUACGCAGACUAUGAUUUGACAAAUCUGUAACUCGGUAAAUGUAAGAACUUAAAAUGCGAUCACAUUAAUUAAUGACAUACAUUGUACUAUGUUCUCAAAGUAAAGACUGUUCGAAUAAUACUAUUAGUAUAAAAAAUAAACACAAUGAUUCAACAAUA